AAAGGAGGAGGCGUCUCCGCCCGCUGCGACUGCGAGGGAGGGAGGAAUCGAGAAGAGAACGUCCGUCCGCCGGGUGGAGAGAUGGGAAGGAGGAAGACGGUGGAGGUCCCCGACGAGGCGCUGGAGUGCGUGAUGUCCUACAUCCGCGACCCGCGCGAUCGCAGCGCGGCGUCGCUGGUGUGCAGGCAGUGGCGCCGCGUCGACUCCCGCACCCGCCGGCACGUCACCGUCCGCUUCUGCUACGCCGCCACCCCGGAGCAGCUCACCCGCCGCUUCCCCCUCUUGGAAAGCCUCACCAUCAAGGGCAAGCCCCGGGCCUCCAUGUACGGCCUCAUUCCUCAAGAUUGGGGAGGGUACGCCGGCCGAUGGAUCAGGCAUCUGAGUUCCGGCAGCUACCUCUCGUGGCUCAAGUCGCUUCACCUCCGCCGGAUGGUCGUCGGCGACGCCGAUGCCGAGAUCCUUACCGCCGCCGGCGGGUGCAGCGGCCACAGCGUCCUGGAGAGUAUCGUCCUGGAGAAGUGCUCGGGGUUUUCCACCGACGCGCUCUAUUAUAUCGCCGCGCGUUGCCGGAACCUCAAGGUCUUGUCUGUAACGGAAAGCCUGGUCGAUGAGAGGAGCGGCGAAUGGAUACACCAGCUGGCUCUCUCCAACACCACUUUGGAAACCUUAGACCUCUACAUGACCGACUUGGAGAUGGUUGGCGUUCGGGACCUGGAGAUGAUCGCUGCCAAUUGCCCUCGCCUGUCGACGCUUGUUGUCGCCAACACCGACCUCCUCCAGUUGGGCGGGGUCUUGGCAAGCGCUACGAAGCUCAAGAAAUGGGGCGGCGGCCAGUGCUUCGGCAGCCAGGAGCCGCUUGCUGCGUACGAGAGGUUUCAUUUGAACUUCUCGGGAGGCUUGACUUCGAUCGUGGGGCUGAACUUCAUGACCUCUAUGGAGCUCUCGGCGGUCCUGCCUGUUGCUGCGAGGUUGAAGGGUUUGGAUUUACAGUACACGCUUCUCGACUCUCAGAGCCUCUGCCGAUUGAUAUCUCUCUGCGUCAACCUUGAGGAAUUGGAGGUGCGUAAUGUGAUAGGGGAUGAGGGGCUGGUGGUGAUAGGAACUACCUGUAAGAGGUUGAGAAAACUUAGAGUGGAGAGAGGAGCAGAUGGGCAAGGCUUGGAUGAUGAGAAGGGAUGGAUUUCUUUGAAUGGAUUGUCUGUAGUUGCUGAAGGCUGUCCCCUAAUUGAGUACAUGGCAACUUAUGUUUCUGAUGUCUGUAAUUCUGCUCUCGAGACAAUUUCAAGGUGUUGCAGGAAUCUCACUGAUUUCCGUUUGUGUCUUUUGGACAAAGAAGAAAAUCCAACUGAACUACCUCUAGACAGAGGGGUCAGAGCUCUGCUGGUUGGAUGCCCACGGCUCCGAAGGUUUGCCAUGUAUCUAAGACCAGGAGGAAUUACAGAUGCUGGCCUGGCCUAUAUUGGACAGUUUGGGCUCAGUUUAAAUUGGUUGCUACUUGGCUUUGCUGGUGAGACUGACAAGGGGCUCAGAGACCUAUGUAGUGGUUGUCCUCGGCUAGAAAAGCUGGAGAUGAGAGGAUGUUGGUUCAGCGAAGCUGCGCUAGCUCGUGAGGUUCCUAAGUUAAAAUCUUUGAGAUACUUGUGGGUUCAGGCCUAUGAUGCUACACCUUGUGGUCAUCACCUCUCAGCUAUGUCAAGGCCUUUUUGGAAUAUGGAGUUCUGCCCUGGUCGUUUGUUGUCUGCCGGUAUGGGCAAUAAAGAUUUUGUAGUAGAUGGAGACACAAGUCUGGAUCCACAGGUGAUUGCUUAUGGCUCUCUUGCCGGAAGGCGUUCCGACUACCCCUGUUCAACAGUGUUCCCAGUUGUUUGAAGCCACAGCUUCGUAAGGUCACUUACAGUUGAAACUUCACAAGGUUAUUGCAGGUCGGAUAGGUUUCAGAAUCUGUAAUUGGAGAAGGAAAGCAGUGGGUUCCCAGGUUGUCAAAUCCUUUAUGUUGGUGGAAAUGUCUUCACGGCAAACAUAUAAAACUUUAACGUUACAUGGUACGUACCAUCUCGUGGACAUGUCCUCAACGCUAAUCAGUCACAGUGACUUAUGUAAUUCUUUGUUGGCGUUCUUUCCUUGGAAGAAGAGGAAGGUGUGAAGAAGAAAUCUAGUUGCCUGUUCUUCUUCUAGUUGGGAGCCGAAUGGACGAAACGUUGCCUUUCCUCCUUGAUCGUUAAUGAUCCGAUUGUUCCAAAUCACAGGCGACUCUGAUCGGUGGAACUCCGGCAACUGGUUAUGCGUUCCUUUGUAGAUAUCUUCUUGUUUCCAAAAAAAAAAAAUCUUUGGCACCUGUUUGUAUGUAUAUACUAGGAACUAUACCCACGACCGGAAUAAUUUGAAUUCGAAUUUCAAAUUUUGGAUUCCGAAGUCGGCAGACAGUGUAAUUAAUAUUAACUGAAUGCUUUUGUGUUUGUGCGGUGAGCAAGAGAGUUAUUUUUUCUUUA